AUGGAAACAAAAGACCACGAAGCAACACAUAGCCCACAACAAUCUAUCCAAUUAUCUUCUAGCACAGUACAACAGGAUCAAAAUCAGAAAGGGCAACCACUGCAGCAGCAGCAGCAGCAGGAGGAUGAGCAGCAGCCUCAGAAGUACCAAACAGACAAUAUUAGAGUUCCUUCUCAGCUUCCGUCAAACUAUGAUUUCACCACCACUACCGAGACCAUAUCUAGCUCGUAUGUAAUGCCGCUGAGCAAUAUACAAGGUAAUUCUCAAUACCAAAAACAACAUUUCUCCACUGAUCCUGUACCGUCACCAGUACCACAUCAAUUUAGUUACCCAGGCUCAGCGGUAUCACAAGCGCCACCACAAUCAUCAGCUCCACCGCCACAAUCACAUUCAAUACCCCUGUAUCAUCAAUAUUUUGGACAGAGUUUACCGAAUGAUCAGCUACAAUUACAUUCUUCAGUUCAUGAACCAAGAAAUACCCAUUUAUCGUUAAAUUCUACAAGACCCUACUAUUCUUCAAUUUCACAGCCACAACCACCGCCACCACCACCUCCAGCACCACAACGUCUACCAUCACUACCGACAUAUUCAAUGCCUGAAACCGAGUCCCAACAACAACACUAUGUUUGGUCCACUCAGGACAGUCAAUCUCAUCACCAUCAAGUACCACCUUCUGCAAUUACUACUGAUAGUUCCACUGCUUCUACUACCACUCGUAAUACUAUGCCUUUUCAAGUUUCCACCAACAUUGAUAUCAACCGAUUCCCUGACGUGACGUCAUUGGUCAACUCGAAUGCCAAUAUUGUUGUUCCAUUAGUUGAGAGUCGAUUUGUUGAUGCUAAAAUCUGUACUAUUUGCGGGAAAAGAAUCACUAGAGACAUGUCACGACACUUGAGGACCCAUCAAGUAGAAGCUCGUUUCCAUUGUGUUUUUCCCAAACGUCAAUGUCGUCAUAAACUGGGGAAAUUCAAUCGACCAUAUGAUUUCAAGAAACAUUUAUUGAAUCGUCAUUUCAUAUUUGAUGAUUCAGCAAUUAAACGAUUACAUAACUUGAGUGAUAAAUUAGAUCAUUGGGGGAUGUGUCCUUGUGGCUUAAGAUUUACUGGUAAAGAUUGGUUAAAUGACCAUAUUUUAACUAAUGAUCGUACAAAAAAAUGCCGCUUAGUUGAGUGA